GGUAACUGGGAACCACAGUUCCCAUAAACCACCACACACAUCAAAGUUCGGAAAGAAUGACGGAAUGGGUAAUACUGGCGGGGAAACACUUUAUCUUGGCAUUUCAGUGCAUGUAGCUUUGUAUUUUACUUAAAUAACAUAAUUCUCCCCUGCCGUAUGAAGUCUGGUAGUAAUGAGUUCUUGCUGUUGGUACACACAUAAUUGACUAUGGAUAACGAGUGCCAUGAUCCUGCAAAAGCAAUUAGACCCAUUGAUCGACAGUCCGUGCAUCAGAUCUGCUCUGGUCAGGUGAUUCUGAAUCUUGCAACAGCUGUAAAAGAACUGGUGGAAAACAGUUUAGAUGCUGGAGCGACAAGUCUUGAUAUUAAACUAAAAGAAUAUGGUGCUGAGCUUAUUGAAAUUUCAGACAACGGCUGUGGAGUUGGAGAAGAGAACUUUGAAGGCCUGACUCUGAAACACUGUACAUCCAAGCUUCAAGACUUUUCUGAUCUGGUCCAUAUUGAGACUUUUGGAUUUCGAGGGGAGGCUCUAAGCUCACUUUGUGCACUAAGUGACGUUAGCAUUGUUACUUGCCAUAAAUCUGCCAAAGUUGGAACUCGUUUAGUGUUUGAUCAUGAUGGGAAAAUUAUGCAGAAAGUUCCAUGCCCAAGACAACAAGGUACAACUGUUGCUGUGCAAAAUUUGUUCAGCACACUGCCAGUAAGGCAUAAGGAAUUCCAACGCAACGUGAAAAAGGAAUAUGCCAAGAUGGUGCAGAUACUGCAGGCUUACUGUAUCAUUUCUACAGGUGCCCGAAUGACUUGCAGCAAUCAGCUGGGACAGAGCAAAAGGAGCCCUGUGAUAUGCACCAGCGCUUGUAGCAGCAUGAAGGAAAACAUUGCUGCAGUGUUUGGGCAAAAACAGGUACAAAGUCUGUUGCCUUUUGUGCAGAAACCACCAAGUGAAUCAGUUUGUGAAGAAUAUGGUCUUAAUCCUUGUGAAAUUCCACAGAAGCUCUACAGUAUUUCAGGUUUUGUAUCUCAGUGUGCUCAUGGUGUUGGAAGGAGUUCUACUGACAGGCAAUAUUUCUUCAUCAAUCAGCGGCCAUGUGACCCUGCAAAGGUUACCAAACUUGUGAAUGAAGUUUAUCAUGUGUAUAAUAGACACCAGUACCCAUUUGUGGCUCUUAAUAUUUGUGUUGAUUCUGAGUGUGUGGAUGUUAAUGUUACUCCAGACAAAAGACUAAUUCUUCUGCAGGACGAAAAGCUGCUUUUAGCAAUUCUGAAGACAUCUUUGGAAGCCAUGUACAGUGCUGAUGUUAAUAAGCUGAAUGUUAAUCACAGUGUGCUUGACAUGCAAGGAAUGCACAACAGAUGCCAACCUAUUGCAGAAAGGGAAGAGUCAAAAAGUCAUGGACAAUUUGAAGUUCAGCAGUCAGGUGGAAAGAAAGUUCGGGAAAUUGCCAUUAACAGACUGAGAGAAGCCUUCUCACUUAACAAAGGGGCAGAAUUUAGCUCUCAGACUAAAAUAAAUAACAGCCAUGUGGAAUCUCCAGGACAAACAAAACUACUUUCAUUUUUUAAUAUUUCUAAUGUGUGUAAGAGUGAGAAAACCAGACUUGUUUUAGAGCCAGAGCCAAAGCCUGACAUUUGUGCUGAGGCUGCCAGCUCUUUUUCAAAGGAUUCUACCAGUUCUGAACUCUGUCAUACUGAUGAUAAAGACCUAGAAAUUGAUGUAGAUUCUGGUUGUGGUACCAGUGCUACAGGUUCAUUGACAUGCUUUAACUCCCCAGAUGUUAAUGUGCACCGAAGUAAAGAAGGUACUGUUGCCAGUCCAUCUGAGGCUGCAUGUCCCUGUUCCAUACUGGAUAAGGAAGACAUAGAUGCAAAGGUAGAGUCAUUGAAGAACAGUUCCCUUUUAGAUGCACCCAAAGAGUGGAACACUAAGGUCAGUUUAAAGAAAGAUGGUGGAAAAAUUGAACUUGAAGAACAUUCUGCUCUACCUGCUAAGCGAAGUAAACUUGACCCAGCCAGUUGUAACACAGUUUUGCAGCCAACGCCCAGCAGUAAUCCCCAGACGGCUGUAUCGCAGAUUGACGCACCAGUGAACAUUCACAAGAGGAAGGUGCCGCUAGAGUUUUCUUUGAUUCAUCUCAAAGAAAGGCUGAAAAGGCAGCAGCAGCAGAGAAGUAGAGAAUCACUGAGGUACAGAAAGUUUAAAGCAACAAUUACACCUGGAGAAAACCAACUUGCAGAAGAUGAGUUAAGAAAAGAGAUCAGUAAGGACAUGUUUGCAAAGAUGGAAAUUAUUGGACAGUUCAAUUUGGGAUUCAUAAUAACUAAGCUUAACUCGGACAUCUUCAUCAUUGACCAGCAUGCCACAGAUGAGAAGUACAACUUUGAGAUGUUACAGAAGCAUACUGUCCUUCAGGGCCAAAGACUUAUUGCACCUCAGAGACUCCAUUUAACAGCUGUAAAUGAAAACAUACUGAUAGAGAAUUUGGAAAUAUUUCGGAAAAAUGGGUUUGAUUUCGUUAUUGAUGAAAACGCUGAUGUCACUGAAAGAGUUCGACUUGUUUCCUUACCAACAAGUAAAAACUGGACUUUUGGCCCACAGGAUAUUGAGGAGCUUAUUUUCAUGUUAACUGACAGUCCAGGAGUGAUGUGCAGGCCAUCUCGAGUCACACAGAUGUUUGCUUCAAGAGCUUGUAGGAAGUCUGUGAUGAUAGGGACUGCACUUAAUGACAGUGAGAUGAAAAAGCUCGUUACACAUAUGGGCGAAAUUGAACAUCCUUGGAACUGUCCCCACGGGCGUCCUACCAUCCGACAUAUAGCCAACUUAGAUAUGAUCUCUUCAGACUGAGCUCUGUGAAGUGCACCUCUCUAGCUGUUGCACUUCAUGAAUACCUUAACUGUAUUCUGUUGCAUUUCCCCCAGUGUACAACCGCAUUUAGAUGGAAAAACAAUGCCAAUUUACUACUAGUCAUGUUGCUUUUAUAUUCAUCAUCCUAUGUCUGUUUUCAAAUUUAUAUGUAUAUCUGCAAUUGCAUCAUUCCUUUUUUAAUUUGAAUUAAAAUUUAUAAAAAGAA